AUGGCGGACGUCGAUGAUCCAGAGCCGAGGAUGGCGAGAAAACGAAGGAAGGGGAAGCCAACGGAGGCGAACACCCGCCCUACGAGCCGCGACUCUCCAUUGUCCUCCCCUUUCAGGCACAGUCAAUCUCAGCGCAUAUCGACGAGCCGAUCCAGAGCAGCCUCCUCGUCUCCUUCAGUUGUCUCCGUCGCCUCUUCUCCGUCCUGUCUUUCCGCCACUUCGUCUGCAUCUUCCGUUGUGUCAUCGCCUGCCUUCUCUUCUUCUGCUUCGUCGCCGUCUUCGCCUAGGUCAGUUUGUUCGGUAGCUGAGACCUCGCGCUCGGCCUCGCAGUCUCCUCACACCUCUAGGUCACCCUCUCGCGCUUCGUCGCCUUCUCCUCCGUCGAGUCCAGCUUCAGAUUUCGCCUGCAGCAGAGACGACGGGCAGCGACAGCCUCGGCGGCGACCGCAUCCUUCGCCGCCGUCUUCUACAUCCGCGCGCCGAGCGCCGUCGACGCUGCAGGACGAUACUGCGGUCUCCAUUCGCUCCUCGUCUUCUGCAGCUCCGGCCUCACGCCUCUCUGUCGCCGCGGCGGCGCCCGCGGUGGUGCAGGCGCUGCUGGAGGAGCGCCAAAAGCCGCGGUUUGAGGCGUCUUCCGCCUCGUCUGGCUCUCUGGCGGACGAGAUUGAACAGCUCCUCGCCUUCGCACCUCACGCGCUGGACGCGUUUCAGCUGGCGGGAGCGAGCGCGGCUCUGAGAGGGGAGUCUGCCUUCGUGGUCGCGCAUACCUCUGCCGGCAAGAGCCUUGUAGCGAGCCUGGCAGCCUUCGUGGAUCUUCGCCGCACAUCGUCGCCCGCUGCGGAGCGCCCGUUUGCUCCUUCUCUGCCUCCGUCGCCUCGCACGCCUGCGCUGGAGCCUUCAGUGCUGUUUCUGUCUCCGCUGAAGGCGCUCAGUAACCAGAAGCACCGCGAGCUCGAGCGCCUCUUCGGGGCCUCCACGGCGGUCGGCCUCUUGACAGGCGACGAAAGGAAAAACCUGCACGCAAAUCCCGAGAUCCUCGUCGCGACGGCGGAAAUCAUCCGGAACGAGAUCCUGAAGGCUGGCUCAGACGUGACACUGCUGCGCAGGCUGCGGCUAGUGGUGAUGGACGAAUUCCACUUUUUCGCCGAUGCGAAGCGCGGCACAGUAUGGGAGGAACUGCUUCUUCUUCUGCGAGAGCAAGCCCUGAGAGGGCGGCAGAAGGCGUCGCGCUGCGACGGCUCUGCAGGCCCCUGCGCGUCGUCCCUUCCGCCGCCGCUUCACUUCAUCUUUCUCUCUGCUUCUCUCGAACAGCCGACGGACUUCGCGAGCUGGUUCACUCUGACGUUCGGGCAGCCUCUCCAUUUGAUUGGCACGAAGCAGAGACCGGUGCCGCUCGAGUUCUUCGGCCUCUUCGCUUCCUCGUCUCUCUCGUCGGGCGACAGCCCGCCUGCGCUGCAUCGCCUUCUCAUGGCGAAGAGACGCUCCGAGGCGUCGGUGAGACCCGCAGGAUGGAACGAAAACCGUGCGGCAGGGGGAGCUGCAGGCGAGGGUAGCAGGGAUCAGCCGCAAGAGCUGUCUGUCGCAGGUGGCGCAGCGCAGGACUUUCAGUUUGACCGAUCCGCUUAUAUGCGCGCGGCGGAGACAGCGAGCAGGACCGGCGAGAUGGGCGUAGGGCGGAAGGGAGAGAAGCGACUCACGUUUCCGCAGGUCCCCGACCACGCUGUCGUUCAGGCGCUGCGUGUAUGCAUUCAACGGCGUCUCCUCCCUGCGCUGGUAUUUUGCUUCUCUCGGAAGCACUGUCUCUCCCUCGCCGAGCAACUUGCAUCCAGCGUGGGCGCUGAGACGCCGUUGCUGGAGCGCCACCAGCUGGCGUGCAUGUACGCCGCGGCUGACGCAGGUGUCUCGUGUUGGCGGCAGCGCCCGCCGGCCGAGGCGACGAAAUCCCUCCUUUCGCUUCUUGAAGACGAAGUGGAGGAGGAAGGAGGCCUCAGCGGGGAAGAGGAGCUGCGCCGGAGAGAAGAGGAAGAUGCGCAACGGCAACUCGAGGUUCUGAAGCCGCUUUUUCUCCGAGGAAUCGGAGUUCACAACGCCGGCCUGCUUCCCCCAGUCAAGGAGUUGGUCGAGAAGGCGUUUGAGCUCGGUCUGCUGCGAGUCACGGUCUGCACGGAGACGUUCUCGGCGGGGCUGAACCUGCCGGCGAGGAGCGUGAUUUUCGCUUCCCUGUUCAAGCCUGUCGACCCUCACGUGGAGCUCGGCGGCGGCAACGGCCUCCGUCGCCCCCCCCGCGCAGUUCGGGCGCCGCCGCUUUCGCUGUCCUCCGCGUCGGCGUCUGCGGACGUUCUGCCGAGCGACGAGGGCGCGCAGGUUCUCGUGGCGGACGCGCUCUUCUGCAGGGGGGGCUGCGCGGAGGACGCCUCGCCCGUCUGGAUGCGGAGACUGUCUCCCGCCGAGGUCGCGUGGACCGAGGAGCGGAGCGGGGGCGGGGCCCGCGGAGCCCAACGAUCCAGCGGGGUGCUCGCCUGGAGGCUGCUCUCUCGGACGGAGUUUGAGCAGAUGGCUGGCAGGGCAGGACGCAGAGGCAUCGACGACAAAGGCACCGUCAUCCUUCUGCUGCCCUCGCCGGCGCCGCCCCCUGAGGCGCUGGAGACGCUCUUCGCGUCUCCCGCCCUUUCUUCCUCUUCGUCGUCUUUCCUCUCUUUGUCAGCCGCUUUGUCGUUGCGGAGCCGGUUGCGCAUUUCGUUUCAAACCCUCUUGCUGCUGCAGGAGUCGGUCAGAGGGCCUCGCGGAGACGAGCAGGUCGAAGGUGAAGAAAAGGAGGAAAAAGAGGGGGCGAGCCGCACGUCGGCCCCGAGGCCAGAGCAGGAAGACGGAGAGAGACACGAAGACAAACUCGAAAGAGAGCUGGAGAGGCUGCAGAGGCAGGAAGAGGUCGUCUCUUGCGGCGAGACCCUAGAUGAACUGCUUCUUAACUCCUUCUACUUCUUUUCAGUCACCAUGCACCUCCCUUGCGUGCUGCGCGAGAUCGAAGCCCAGCGACGCGCACUGCGUCUCCUUGCCAUCUCUGCGAGCGAGAGGCGCGAACUGUUGGACUCAGAAGGAGAGUCGUUCGAAGAGAGUGGCGAGGCAAGAGAUCCCGAAGAGGACAGCGAAGGCGAAAGGAGACAUUCGAGGCCCGACACGAGAAAAGGAAAGAAAACAGGAAGGAGAACGAACCGAGGGGACGAAGAAGGGAUGGGUUUCCCGGCUGUCUCCGCCUCUCGCGCCUCGUCUUUCUCCAGGUCGCGUGUAAAACACUGGUCGCGACAGGCCGCGCGUUGCAUGCGCCUUGUGGAGAAACAGAAGAAAUACAGAGGGAGACUCGAUCGCCACCUCCGGAGCGCCUUCUCCGAUACCUUCCGCCCGCUGCUGCAGCCGGGCGCAGUUGUGCUUCUUGUUCAGACUUCGGAUGCGGUUGCUGCGCCGAUGCCUUGGGAGAAAAAGAGGAAAAGAGAAGGCCUCGAAGCGACGGCGCCGGACAAAGCGAAUGGCGACCGGCUGCCCCCUUUCUGCAGGACGGGAGAGGAAGAUGAGGAGACUGAGGAGGACGCUCUCGGGGUGCUUCACGACUCGAGGGCGUUCUUCGCGCUCCGCUCUCAAACUGAGUUGUCUACUGGAGGCGCGGUUGGGAGCCCGGGCAGAAGAGAGAGCGGCGAGGCCCCUGAACAUCUUUUUCCUUUUUUUUCGAAGAAAAACGAGCAGAAAACCUGCUGGGGAUGGGGUCUCGUCCUUGGCGCCUCAGAAGUAAAAAACCUGCCGGGAGACAGUGCGGAUGGGGGAAGAAAGAAGACCGCCGCACGCGAGGUCUUCGUGGACUGCCUGGUGGCGUGUACGUUUGUCCGCGCGCGCGCUUCGCCGUCUUCGAAGUUCGCCUGCGUCCCGCUGCCCUUCCAGUCCUCUUUGUCCUCCUCCGGUGGCUCGCCUUUCUCCUCUUCGAUGCCUCCUUGCGGAUUCGAAGCCAGAGAGGCUGAAGACGCGGAGGCGUGCGACGAGAACGCGACCAAAAGGGAGGGGAGUGCGCAGACGCGCUUCGCCGAGUUUCUGCCUGGGGACCGAAGACAAGCGGAAGAAGACGAAAUCGCGAGAAGCCGCGCGUGGGCUGUUGAGGCCGCCGAGCAGGCAACGAAGGCCUGGGCAGAGCGCGUGCGAGGCACACAGGUGACAAGACGGAAGAAGUUGCAUGAAAGUGAAGAGGGGGGAAGAGAAGAACGGGAAGGCAGCGAAAGCGAAGAAGCCAAAGUCCACAUUGCCGUUCUUUCCUUCGGCGCCAGCUGCGUCAAAGCUGUAUCCCAGAUUCACAUUGAUUUUCAGAAUGGACCGGAUCUCGACCUGCGGCGCGAAGACGAGCGGCUGUCUCUCUUCGUCUCCAUGGCUGAAGCGCUGAGAACUGCUGCGCCCGCCGCGUUUCCGCCCCCUUCCUCUUCCUCUGCGGCGCCUUCUCCCUCUCGCCCGGGCGCCCGCAUUCAGCAGAAAGAGAGAUACCAGGUUCACUUUGGAGGUCGGCGCAAGGAGAAGAAGGGCGGCGUGACAGAUAAAAAGGCCGCAGAGGAGAAAGCGAAACCCACCUGCGCCUGCGGAGUGCCCGCCCUGCACGGAGGGACCGACCUGUGCGUGCCGCUAGUUCCUCUCCUUGACUUAAGAAACGCGGACGCGCGGCUUGAGGUCCUUCACGAGAGGUUGCGCGCAGUAAACGAGAAGCUACAGGAGACGCUUCGCGUGGCAAUUUGUGGCGAACAAGCAAGCAGAGGCGCGCUUGAGAGAUUCUGCAGGUUCGUCGUUCUGCGCGCCGUUGUGCUUCCUCGCUUGGAGCGUCUCGCCGCGAGGGCCCCCACGGCGUUGUUUCGCCGCGUCGAGAAGCUGCAGCACGCGCUUUUUCUUCUCGGUUUCCUGGAACUUGUUCAAGAGGAGACUCCACGCGAAGUCGCAUCUCCCUCGGCGGACAGAUACUUUCCUGUGCCUCUGGCUUCUUCAUCUGCGGACUCCUCGGCUGCCUCGCCCCCCCGCUCGCUGCGCACGACCCGCAAGGGAACUCUCGCUGGGCGCCUGUUUUACUUUGAAGAACGAGCUCUCGUUUUCGCCGAGAUCCUCGACUGCAUGCGCCAGCGUCUGUCUACGCGUCUGCGGCACGCACCCGGAAAAGGCCUCAGCUCCGCCGCCCCCUCGUGGUCCUGUUGUUCUUCUGGCUCUUCCUCUGCGUCGCCCUCUUUGUCUGUCGUUUCUUCCCCUGCAUCUUCUUCGUUUGUGUCUGCGUCUGCAUCUUCUUCUUCCGCCGUGAGCAAGGUGAUCAAGUCUGCGCCGUCCGCUGGGCGAGCAGCGAGCGGCCGCGAGGGACGACGCGGGCGCUCGGAGCCUGUCGCGCCGGACACGCCCCCAGACGACCUCGGGAACUGUCUCUCGCUCUCGCCCGGGUCGGGAGUGCCGACGGAGGAGGAGGCGCUGCGCCUCCUCUGGGAGCCAGAAGAGAAGAUGACUGCGGUUCUGGUGUCCUUCCUGCCUGCUGGCAUCGACGCCCUCACCGUCCUCGCCGCGGCCGCGGGGCUGUGCGGCGACGGCCGCGGCGGAGCGACGGCGUUCGAGAGAGAGAGGGAGGAGAGAGAGGAAGAGCAGAGAAAACGCGGAGGCGAGCUGCGGGAGCGGGGCGACAGCGCAGACUCACUUCGCGUUGGAAAGCAUGUCAAGCUCCAGGAAUUCCAAAUCGAAGAAGAACACGACCUCGGCCUGGCGACCCGAAUCAUUCAGACUGCGUCUGCGCCGAUUUCCGCGGCAUGGAAGACCGUUGGAGUCCACGGAGAAGUCGUCGCGCGCAUGACCUAUGUCGAUCGGCAGGCCAUGCGAGAUGUGUAUCGAUGGGUAAAGAGUGCAGACGCCUCGCUGGAGAACGAGGGCGGCUACGAGGCGCCUGAGCGCGUCUCCUUCACCCUGCGGCGCCUCGCCUCUGCGUUGCGAGAGACAGACAAGGCGCUGCUGGCGGCUUACGGGCGCGACGACCUGCCCACUCUGUUGCUGCGUCGCUUUGUAAAGGUUCUUCUGCUCCUUCUAGGGAGACGAAGACUCUAG